UCGGUCGGUUAAAGUUUGAACGAACUGACGCGCAAUUAAAAAGCUGCUAUAUCCGUGGUAAUGUCUGCAAAUUUUCCUUGGUAAUGGCUCUUUGUUCGCUUUUCAGAUUAUGGUAAAUGUCAUUAACAGCAGCCUGCCGAAGUGCCACUGAGUAAUUCCUCAUGAAUUUCAAUGCUCCGAAUAACGUUAUCGAAAUGUUAUUACGGGUCUGUUUCCACAGGGUGAGUGAGAGAAACGGAGGCGGGGAGUUUGGCUCUUUCAUUGGGUCGCUGAAUAAUUUGAUUGACACAUGAGAACCAAAAGGUGUAGAAGGUUUCCUAUUGGUCGGCGAGGCGGUCUCAAUCUCCUCUUGUAUCUCACCGCAGCACAUUUUAGGCAACUCUGCAUUGUCAGUGAGCCGUCUGAGGCAGCAACUGUAGCGGAAUUUAAGAGGUGCAGUUCCCACAGCUUUCAAACUUUUCAAAAUCUUAAACAAUUCACAGGUAUUUGGCUACUUUUUGCUUUUCUAGACAAAGAAGACUUCACUCAAGGCUCACCAUUUUGGUGGCUGCAUUGACUGGGGAUCCUGAACAGGAGUUCACAAUGAAGUCACUUGCAUCUUUGUUCCUUUGGAGAAUCAUCGUAUUGCUAAUGCCACUGUUGUCACUGAGCCAGACAUCAGAGUAUGAGUACAUGAACUGGAAGUCAGACGUGUACAACAGUGGCCGCAUCUACGACAAGCCUCCCCAGUGCGUGGACAUCCCAGAUGAACUGAGGCUGUGUCACAAUGUGGGCUACAAACAGAUGCUGCUGCCUAACUUAUUAGAACAUGAGACUAUGGCUGAGGCCAAGCAGCAAGCUGGAAGCUGGGUGCCCCUGGUGCACAAAAACUGCCACCCGGGCACUCAGGUGUUUCUUUGCUCCCUCUUUGCCCCUGUAUGCCUGGAGAGGCCCAUCUAUCCAUGCCGCUGGCUCUGUGAAAAUGUGCGUGAUGGCUGCACCCCCAUCAUGGAGGCAUUUGGGUUCCCCUGGCCUGAGAUGCUCACCUGUGAGAAGUUUCCACAAGAUGAUGUGUGCAUCAGUGCACCCAAUGCCACAGAGGCCUCCAAACCAACUGGAUUCACUCCAGUUUGCCCUGCUUGUGACAAUGAAAUGAAAAUGGAUGCUAUCCUGGAGCACAUGUGUGCCAGUGAAUUUGCCAUAAAGACCAAGAUCAAGGAGGUCAAACGGGAGAACACUGAUCGCAAGGUGAUCCUGCAGAAGAGGAAAAAGUCUGUAAAGCUGGGCUCUUUGAAGAAGAAAGACCUUAAGAAUCUCACUCUGUAUCUGAAGAAUGGAGCCGACUGCCCAUGUGCACAACUAGAAAAUCUGGGAAACACAUACCUUAUCAUGGGCCGCAAGGUGGACAAACAGUACCUUCUCACUGGCAUUCACAAGUGGGACAAAUCCAGCAAGGAGUUCAGAAAGACCAUGAAAAAACUCAAAAGACACAAGUGUCCUGCCUACGAGAAUGUCUUUAAAUAAACAUUCUCAGAGUUGCCACUUAUUCUAUGAACUUGCACAUCCAGGCAACUCAAAAUACUGCUCUAUUUUCCAUUGUUUAUACA